AUGCAUGUCAAUGUGUUCACAGAUCACAAGAGCUUACAAUAUAUGUUUACUCAGAAAGAGCUGAACCUGAGGUUAUCUAUGGGGAGCACUGCCCAUGUAGAAGAGGGAAAGGAAGAGUUGGCCAAAGAGGUACAUAGGCUUGCUCGUUUGGGAGUUCAACUUAUUGAUUCUGGUGAAGGUGGUACUAUUGUUCGGAAUGGGGCUGAAUCAUCUCUAGUUGCAAAGUGUUUGAGAGAUCAUUCACUUGUUGUCCUGACUGAGAAAAUUAGGGUGAAAGAGAGUUUGACUUAUGUGGAGAUUCCAGUUCAUAUUCUUGAUCGCCAGGUUUGCCAAUUGAGAACCAAGGAGGUAGCAUCCGUCAAAGUUCUAUUGCAGAAUCAGCUUGUUGAAGAGGCUACAUGGGAAGGUGAAGAGGUUAUGAAAUCUAGAUACCCACAUCCAUUUGUGCCUCCUAAUGAUGAUGCUGAUGGAUGCUCAUGGAAGUUCUUCGUCGUCAAUAACUCCAGCCCAUUCACAAGCUAUAGAGCCCUCAACAUUGUUACAAGCCCCCAACCUGAUCUGGCAGAUACCUCAUUAUCUAAUGAAGUCCCACAACAAGCAAAACCUCCAACUAAGUCUUCUAAUCCAUGUUUGGCAUUUGUGCGCCAGGCUGGACGUGUAUCUACACAAUAUUGGAAAGUAGAAGCAAUAGACUCAAACAACGCUACCAAGCAUAUUAACAUCAAGGCCAGUGAGGUCAACAACCUGCCAAGCGAGGAACGCAUCAUUGUUUGCUUUGAUAAUUGUGGUGCAGCAUAUGGGGAAGCACAAGGGUUGCUUGCCAGCUAUUGUGGAUUAUUGGCCAUUGAUGGAAAUUUAUUUCCAUUUAAUUUUGACAGGUUGUCAGGACUGUCGGGCCUUCCUAAAAAAUACAUGGAAGAUUGCUUUGAAACACUGCUAAAGGUUUUACACACAUAUUUUUAUUGCUAUCAGAUACGCAAGCAAAAAAUUCCUCACACUAGUGGUUCAAAAGCUAACUUGAGAAGACGACAUGAGCUGGUAUUCAUAGUUUUUUUUUUCUGAUUCAAGUAUUUUGUUAUAAUAUGCUUAAUAUAACUCUUUUUUAGUUGUUGAAAACUGGACAAAAUCCUAGUCGAGGAAAAAAGUUUAUCGAAACUCACAAGAGAAAGAAUGAAUCGUAUGUAAAUGACGAGGUAAGGGC